UUAAAAAAAUAACUGAAAAAAUAGGAGGGGAGUCGCCGACUAGAAACCGGGCGGCGCGGCCGUGGAUUAGAGUCCGAUGCGAUCGUCGGGGAAGCACGGUGCGGCGGAGAAUAGCCGUGGCAUCAGUAGUCACGUCCUCAACCUACAUCAACGCCUUCAACAUGCUCUCAGCCUCGGAAGCUGGGAGAACAAAGGGAAAUGGCACUGCUCAGACAUUGAGGUGCAGAGACUGGUUCUUCGUUCAAUUGAUGCAUUCCUUGAAUGCAUAUCUAGUGAGACAUUGAGAUACCCACUUAUUAAGGAUUCAGUUGUGCAAAUUAUGAGAGCGUUGGAAAGUAUAAUACAGUUCAAAAAUCAAUCUAUAUUGAAGCUGGCAUUGGAUAUUGCGGUGAAGAUGGUCAAUAUUUUACCAAGUUCAACACUUCAAUCUCAUGUUUUGGAUCUAAUCUGCCCUUUAGUAGAUUUGCUGUCUUACCAGCAGCUUCAAGUUGUUAUAUCAUGCGCAACAACAUUGAAUAUCAUCCUGUCAAAACUGAGUUCUAGACAAGACAGAGAAGCUUGGCAAAUUUUGAAGGAAAGCAAAGCAGUUGUCUAUCUUGUCCAAAAUAUUAAAUUAUUCUACACCAAAAAUCAGCCGAUUGAAUACUUUCAAGAGAUGGCCUCUCUUUUAAGUAAAAUGUUGUGGCAGUGGCCAUCUUUUAGAUUCUGUGCAUGGAACGAUCCUAUAUUCUUAGAUGUUUUGGAUGCUGUCAAACUUAGGCCUGAAAAUUCAGUGAAAGUUGUUGUCCUGCAGUUAUAUUCUUCUUUAGCACUCUGUGGCAAUGGGGCAGAUAAACUUCUUGAAAAUGGAGAAUCACUUCUUCAAAUGACAGUGGGCUGCAUGGACCGAUCUAAUACUGAUUCAGUUCGCUUUGAAGCAUUUAAACUUGCUCGAUGCCUUGUGCUCACAAGAAGAGGAUGUAUUAAUAUGAUGAACAUUUACUGUGAGCCCCUGGUCAAUGCUCUAACUAGCACAUUGAGCAACUGGAGUUCACAGCCUGAAGAAGUAGCUAAGAGCCAAAGGCCUAUCAUCGAGGAGGCUCUCCGCUUAGCCUCAAUAACUCGCUGGGCAGGUAAUCAUCAUGUGUACUUUUGGAGAAUGGGCAUGGAUAGAGUCCUUGUUAAUCUUCUCCUGGACAAUUAUCACAAAAUUCACCAAUUGAGGCAUGAGUUAUCAGUGAAUGAACUGAUAAUAAUUGUACGAGAGUGUCGUAAUUCAAUUCUUCCGCUCUCUUAUAGACCCUUCAUAUGGGAUAUUCUUGGAGGACUUGCAGCCAAUUGUUCAGAAAAUAUCAACCAUGAAAUGCAUGGGAAUAAGCUUCGACUAAAUAUCCUGAUUAUAAGUGCAUGCUUUUCCUUCGUCAACUCAAUCAGAACAUUGCGACAAAUUACUCAAAAUGGCCUCGUAAUCAUGUCUGAUUGUGAAUCAGCAAGCAGGGCAGUGCUUAUGAUGGUUUAUUCACCUUGCAAGCACAUUGCAUCCUUGUCAAGGUCAAUACUGCAUGAAAUACUUAAGUUGCAUGCGAGGGAUCACACUGAGUACUUACUCGAUAUUGUCAAUGCAAGAUUGACGAGAAACAAGUUUGGGCUUCCAGGAAACCUUCAAACUGUGAUUAGCUUAGUGUGUUUGGCAUGUUACUGUAGCUUACCAGAAUAUGGCAAACAUAUAAUUAAACUCCAAGGUUUGAAGACUGUGGUAGCCUUCAUAGUGUGGUGGUUCCAGAACCCUGUCUGUGCAACAAGGGCGAGUGCGGUGCUUCAUCUGGUUGAUGCAUUCAGUCAGAAGAGCUGUUGCGUCCCGGACACAGACGAGUGGGAAGGGGAUAAUGGGCUUUUGCUUUAUAGUUUGUGGAUCCUCGGGCAAUUGCUGCAUCAUUCUCCUCAUCUAAAAAUCCAUCUCUCUGAUGGCCAGCUGGACUUCUCUGAGGCUAAGUUGAUUCAAAAUCUCCAGGAGAUUUGCAGAAGCAAGAACUCGCAAGGUUCAAAAUGGUAUGCUGCAUAUAUGCUUAGCUAUUUUGAAUUAUAUGGUUUUCCAAGUCGAUUGGGAAACAGGAUUGGUGAAUUACUCGGUGAGAGAGAGGACUCUGAUCUGAAGCUAGAUAUUGUCGAUGAGGAAUCUGUAUUUGUUCAUGAAGUAAUUCUUACUGUAAGAUGCCCUUCAUUAUUGCCUCCCCAAGUAUCUACUUCUCAAGAGAUGAUAUCCACUGGGAUUAGCGUAAAACUUGAGGCACAGGGGAGAGCCUUGAAGGCAAUACGUUUAUCAGCUCACGUAGAUCACCAGAUUUUGUUGAAGUUGUUAGAAUAUGUUUACUUUGGGCAUCUGCAGGCCAGUGAAGAUCUUGUUAAGAAGCUGAAAAUUCUUGCAAGGCAUUGUCAGUUGGGAUCUCUGGUACAGUUGCUUUGUAAAAAAGUUCCGAAAUGGGGCGCCUCUAUACCAAUCUUUGAUCUUAGUCUGGCUCUCGGGGCAGCUGGAUAUUGCUUUUCGGACGUUAUCUUGGAAGCCAGCACGACAGAGCUCGUAGAUUGGAAAUGCAGCUUCUGUUCUGCUUCUGCUCCACAUCUACAUGUUCACAGAGUUAUAUUAGCAUCCAGUUGCAAUUAUUUACGGGCCUUAUUUUACUCAGGAAUGCGAGACAGCCAUUUGCAAACUAUCAAGGUCCCCGUGAGUUGGGAGUCGCUUACCAAAUUGGUUAACUGGUUCUACUCCGAUCAGUUACCUGUACCUGAAUUCGACUGUCGAUGGGACAAUAUGGAUCCGGAGAAGAAAUUCCAAGAAGUCCACACAUAUUUAGAGCUCUGUUGGCUUGCUGAAUUUUGGCUCGUCGAGGACCUCUACAAAGAGUGUUACGAAGUUGUCGCGUCUUGCCUGGAUUCAUCGAGAUUCUUAUCGACAAGAAUAAUUCAAAUCGCUGCCGAUUUCUCCCUGUGGAAGCUGGCUCAAGUAGCUGCUGAUUAUAUGGCGCCGUCGUAUCAUCAGUUGCGCAACUCGGGCGAGCUUGAUGCUUUGGACAACAGUGUUAUCGAGAUGGUUCGCGCUGCGUCGGUUCGACUUUCUCAAGUUGGCAAGUAUCAGUGAUUUUGAUCAGACUGUCUGUUCAUUUGAGGCUCGAGGUAUCAAUUGAGUUGCCGUUGUUGAGGAGUUUGCACAGGCCACAUAUCAACUGGUAAUCACAUUUUAGCUUAUACAAUGCAUUUCUGUCAUACUUAAAAAAGCUUAAGACUAUAUACUAACGUGCAUGUGUAUGUAUAUAUGUAUAUAUAUAUAUAUGCAUGUGUGUGUGAGAGAGUAAAAUGUGGGGAAAUUUAGCAAAAAUAUUUUUGUUUUU